AUGGAAUCCAACCCAGAUUCAACGGCCUUGGCCCAACAAGUUCAAGCCCUAACAGCCACCAUUGAGGAACUCACCAGGCAGAACCAGGAAAUGAAGCUGCGGCUCCAGCAGGUUCAACAAGCUCAACAGGAAGAAAACCGGUCCAAGGGUAACACGGAGGGAGAGGGGGAUAGCCAACAGAGGGAAACCCCCCGGAGACCAACUACUCCGGACGAACAAAACUUAGAUCUUCUUCGGGAAAUGAGGAAAGAGAUGGACGAACUAAGGAGCGCUAUCAAGGAAAAGACAGACCGGAGUGUAGACAAGAUGGUAAGGGCUACAGAUUCGCCCUUCACUGCAGCAGUACUUGAUUGCCCCGUGCCGUCAAAAGACCACGGCCACAACACAGAAGAUUGCAGAGACCUGAAGGAACAAAUAGAGGAGUUAAUACGGAAAGGAAAGUUGCAGAAAUUUGUAAAGAAAGGAGAAUAUAGCAAGUUCAGAGACGACAACAGGACCCAAAAUGAAUCCUUCACUCGGGAUGACGACCAUACGUCCCAACCUCCACGCAAAGUGAUCGGGGAGAUAAACACGAUCACGGGAGGACCAUUCUCAGGAGGGUCAUUCAGAUCGCUUAGAAAAGCAUACCACAGACAGGUAAACAGCGUCCACACCAUUCCUCCGUCCAAGUAUCGACGAACAUACCAAGAUAUGUCCUUUAAUGAAGGAGACGCCAGGGGAGUGAAACAGCCUCACAACGAUCCCCUGGUCAUAGUGCUGAAUAUAGAAGGGUUCAAUACCAGAAGGAUCCUUGUUGAUAACGGAAGCUCAGCGGAUAUCAUCUACCUCCCAGCUUUCCAGCAGUUGAAGUUAGAUCCAAAAAGGCUCCGUCCUUUUGACUCUCCGCUUGUCAGUUUCAGUGGAGACAGGGUCUACCCCAGGGGUAUAGUGACUCUGACGGUGACAGCAGGGACCUAUCCGUUGCAGCUGACCAAACAAGUAGAUUUCCUGGUGAAAUUCCCAACAGACGAUGGUGUGGGUGAAGUGAAGGGUGAUAAGGUCUUGGCAAGGGAGUGCUACCAGGCCGUACUGGCAAGAAAGGAGAACCACACGUGGACGAUAGAAGAAAAAGAGGAAGACGGAGUGGAGAUCCUGGAAGCAGUGGAGUUGGUAGAAGGGAAUGCGGACAGGACAACCAGGAUAGGGACGACGCUAAGCCCUGAGAUGAGAGCAAGACUAAUAAAGUUCCUCAGAGGGAAUCUUGAUGUCUUUGCAUGGAGUCACGAGGACAUGCCAGGCAUAUCUCCAGGGAUCAUCCAGCAUAGACUGAAUGUGGACCCCAACAGGAAGCCCGUUCAGCAACGACGAAGAACUUUUGCUCCAGAGCGAGAUCAGGCAGUAGCAGAGGAGGUAACCAAACUCUUGACGGCUGGGUUCAUCCGGGAGGUAUACUACCCAGAGUGGCUCGCCAACGUCGUCCUGGUAAAGAAACCAAAUGGAAAGUGGAGAAUGUGUGUAGACUUCACCGACCUGAAUAAAGCAUGCCCAAAGGACAGCUUCCCUCUACCAAGGAUAGACCAACUCGUGGACUCUACCGCUGGACACAAGUUGUUGACGUUCAUGGACGCUUUCUCAAGGUACAACCAGAUAAAGAUGGCUGAAGAAGACCAGGAGAAGACCGCCUUCAUCACCAGCCAGGGACUCUAUUGUUACAAGGUGAUGCCUUUUGGGUUGAAAAACGCUGGAGCUACAUACCAGAGGUUGGUAAACAAAAUGUUCAACCAACAAAUUGGCAGAAACAUGGAGGUAUACGUAGACGAUAUGCUCGUCAAGAGUAAGGAAGAGCUCGCUCAUCUGGACGACCUGGAGGAGACUUUUGCAACCCUGAGAAAACACCAGAUGAAGCUGAAUCCUAGCAAAUGUGUUUUUGGGGUAGCCUCGGGAAAAUUCCUGGGAUUCAUGGUGUCCCAGAGAGGAAUAGAAGCCAAUCCAGAAAAAGUACAAGCUAUCAUUGACAUGGCUCCACCCAAGACCGUCAAGGAUGUACAAAAACUUACGGGAAGGAUAGCAGCUCUAAACAGGUUCGUCUCCAGGGCCACAGACAAAUGCUUGCCCUUUUUCAAAACCCUCAAGCAGGCCUUUGCUUGGACUGACGAAUGCGAAGCAGCGUUCCAAGAGUUGAAGCAAUAUCUGAGCAGUCCACCUCUCUUGAGCCCGUCCAAAGGAGGGGAGAACCUAUAUUUGUACCUGGCGGUAUCAGCCUCGGCAGUCAGCGCAGCCUUGAUUAGAGAAGAAGGCAAGAAGCAACUCCCGGUGUACUACGUCAGUCAGGCCUUUCAAGGAGCUGAGUUCAGGUACCCAAGAAUUGAAAAGAUUGCGUUCGCACUUAUAGUAGCCUCGCGCAAGCUCAGACCGUAUUUCCAGUCAAAUCCUAUCCUUGUAAUGACGGACCAGCCAAUCAAGAAGUCAAUGAACAAACCGGAAGCAGCAGGGAGAAUGAUCCAAUGGGCAAUCGAACUCAGUCAGUUUGACAUCGAGUACCAUCCAAGAGCAGCCAUCAAGGCACAAGCUCUGGCUGACUUCAUCGCUGAAUUCACUCUUCCAGACGAAGAAGGAACUACCGACGAAGUUGAUAAAUGGAUAAUACAGACAGAUGGUUCGUCAGCCCAAAAGAGGGGGGGAGUAGGGGUCGUCAUAACCACCCCCGACGGAGAAGUGAUGAAAUAUGGAGUUCAACUGGAGUUCCCAGCCACCAAUAACGAAGCCGAAUAUGAAGGAAUAUUGACGGGCUUGAGGCUCGGAAAAGCUCUUGGUGCCAAAAACUUGCUUAUCCAGAGUGAUUCAAAGCUGGUAAUCGGACAGAUCAGUGGAGAGUACGAGGCAAAGGAAGAAAGGAUGCAGAAAUACCUUAAACUGACAAGGCAGCUAACCCAGGAGUUCGACACAGCGGAUUUCGUCCAGAUACCAAGAAACCAGAAUAUUGGAGCUGACGAAGUGUCAAAACUAGCGUCGUCAGAAGCAGGAAGGACGAGCACAGACGUGGCAAUAGAAGUUCAGAAAUACCCAAGUAUUGAAGAGGUGGCAGUGCUCACCACCCAGAGCACAAACACCUGGAUGACGCCCUUAAUAUCCUUCCUCCGAGACGGGCACUUACCCCAGAAUACUGACGAAGCCAGAAAGGUCAAAAAGAGAGCAGCCAGGUUCACGAUCCUAAAUGACGUCUUGUACAAAAGAGGCUUCUCUAUGCCCUACCUGAAGUGCGUCGACGAGGACGAGGCCAAAUACAUCCUAGAAGAAGUACACGGAGGAGUCUGUGGCGACCAUGCCGGCCCCAGAUCCCUAGUAAACAAGGUGAUAAGAGCGGGGUACUUUUGGCCAACCAUGCAGGGGGAUGCUGCUAACCUCGUCAGAAGAUGCAACAGAUGCCAGCGGUACGGAAAUGUACAACGGCUUCCAGCAGAGAAGAUGACGACCAUAUCCUCCCCAUGGCCAUUCGCGCAAUGGGGAAUCGACAUCGUCGGUCCUCUGCCCCAAGGUAAAGGUCAGGCAGUACAGGUCGACCAUGAGGCCUAUAAAUCACUAAGUAACAAGAUUCCGCCUUGA